CGAAAACUCCCAGUAGCGCCGCGUGCGCGUCCCAUGGCCUGAGCCGCCGAGCGGCGAGCCUGCGCCGCCGAUCGCCCGAUGCCCUCGUCCCCGCCGCCCUAUACGGACGCUGCAACCCUCACUCCCAGGGCCGCCGCGGCGCUCCUCGCCAGCUGCGCCUCCCGUGCCGCCGCCGCAGCGCUCCACGCGCGCCUCCUCCGCUGCUCCCGCGCCUUCUUCCGCUCCCCGUACCUCGCCAACUGCCUCGCCGCCGCCUACUCCCGCCUCGGCGCCGCCCCGUCCGCCGUCGUGCUCCUGCGCGCCGCCUCCAGGCCCAACGUGUUCACCCGCAACAUCCUCCUGUCGGCGCUCCUCGGCUCCGGGCUCCUCGGGGACGCGCGCAGGCUGUUCGACGGGAUGCCCCAGAGGGAUGCUGUCACCUACAACGCCAUGCUCUCCGGCUAUGCCGCCACUGCGCUCCCGUACGAGGCGCUCCGUCUUUUCUCCUCCAUGAGGGAGAGUGGCGUCAGGCCAACGGCCUUCACCUUCUCCAUAGUCUCCUCGGCGGUUGCCUCUGCCCACCACGGCCAGCAGCUUCAUGCCGCCGCCGUCCGACAUGACCUGGCACAACUCGAUGCGGUAGUCGGGAAUGUGCUCAUUGAUAUGUAUCGCCGCAUUGGCCUCUUGCAGUAUGCAGCACGAGUCUUCUCAUGCAUGGAAGAACCAGAUCUCACGUCCUGGAAUUCUGUCAUGUCAGCUUACAAGGAUCAGGCUCUCAGUGGUGCUGUCUUUGACUGUUUCCUGUCCAUGAGGAGAAAAGGUUUCUCCGUCAAAGGCUUCACUGUGUCCAUUGUGCUCAGUACCUGCUCAGAUGUUAAGGAUUUCGCCAAAGGUGACCAGAUGUUGGCCCUUUGCGUUAAAAUGAGCUUCCUUACAAACCCCAUUGUUUGUAGUGCUGUUAUUGACUUCCUCUGCCUGUCUGACAGACUGUCUGAUGCUGUUCAACUUUUCAGAGGAAUUCCAACACGGGGCUCAGAACCUUGCAAUGCACUGAUAUCAGGCUAUGCAAGGAGCGGCCUAAUGGAAGAAGCCCUCAGCCUCUUUGCAGUGUCUAUACGAAAUGGUGUUGUUCCAACUGAGUUCACAUUUGCAAGUGUGCUGAGAUGGAGUUCAUGCUUUGGUUUAAUGGAGCAGGGUACUCAAAUCCAUUGCCUCGUUUGUAAGCUUGGGUUUCAGGAUGAUGUAAUUGUCUCCACAGCCCUCACAGACAUGUACUGUAAGUUAGGGUUAACAAGACAUGCAAGGAAAAUCUUCAGGGCAGUUGUUGCCAAGGAUCUGGUAUUAUGGAAUACAAUGUUGCUCGGCCUAUUGCAAAAUGGAAGAGGUAAGGAAGCCCUUGGAACAUUUCGAAGGAUGCUCAAGUGUGGUAUCCGACCUGAUAGAAUCACUCUUUUUGGAGCUUUGUCUGCAUGUAGUUUGGAAGGUUUGGUAGCUGAAGCAAUGGAUAUAAUUACCCUGUUUAAAGAUAGGUACCAUAUUAUGCCUAGCCUGGAGCACUAUACUUGUGUGGCCGAUAUGUUAUGCCGCGCAGGAAUGUUGAAAGAGGCAGUGGAUUUUGUAGAGAACAAGCUGCCGGAGUUUAGUGCUGCUACAUUCUCUAAUAUUCUGGAGGCCUGCAUAAUCCAAGGGAACAUUGUCAUGGCAGAGCUAGUUGCUGAAAAGAUGGUGAUGCAAAAAUCCCGAUUGUCACUGCCAUAUAUUGUUUUAGCUCAAAUAUAUGGUGCCAGAUGUAAGUGGGAAAAAAUGGCUGGAGUAUGGAGGUCAAUGGAAAGUCAAAGAGCAAAGAAGGCUUGGUCAUGCAGCUGGCUAUGUGUCAAGAAUCAUAUUUAUGUUUUUACAUCAGAACAGAUAUUGCACCAUGGAAAAGGUGCUACAUAUGAGGUGUUGGAUCUUCUAUUUUGGGACAUGAUGGGCCAGCCAAAGAAGAGGGAAGGAUUAGGCUGUAUCCAGCUGUUCUCCGACUGCCCUUAAUGUCCGCUUCCUAACAAGUUACCUUACCUUGACAAUAGAGAAGUUUCGGAGUAUCAAAGACUAUGAACACUCAGAAAAGCAGGUCGCGGUAAGCUUUUGAUAAGACUUUUAGACUAUUGCAACCUGGCAAUUUCUGUGUGAAUGAAGCUAUGCGAUGUUACAGAAGAUAUUGAGAUAUGGGAAGGUAAAAUUUCUUCUCUCCCAUCAACUGGUACAUAGAAUUCAUCAAUAGUAUAAAAUCAUAUGGGCUUUCAAAAUUUUCAAAAAUUGUUGGGUAGGUUUGGUACUUGAUAUUUUGUUUGAUGUUUCCCACACCUUAAAUGUAAACUAAAUUGAAAAUUGUAAACAUCCACACAUAAUUCCUACCUAUGUUUUGCAAUUUGUCAGUAAGAUAUAUAUUCUAACAGCUGAUGUGCUGGAAAAUUAUUGAUGAAGAUACAAAUGGGAUAUAUGAGUUUUCUGAAAGCCAUGCAUGUUAGCAUGUACAGUUGUAUGGUGGGCACUGGUCAUUCUCUACAGAUGCUGUGCUGUCCCCCAUAGUGCGCCCAAAAAGUGGGACAUGGACUCCGUCCAUUCCUGUGCCUAGUCAUUGGUCUCUUGCUCACCAGAGAAUCUUGUCACUGACUCCAGUGCACUGGAAAUUCCAAGCAAGGACCUUUCCAGUCUGCUCACCCGAAGUCCUGAAGCACAGGGAACUUAAUCAAUCUUGAGAAACAUCUGCUGCGGAACAACAAGAUAACUGGACAGAGAUUGGCAAGGUAGCAAGGCUUAGGAGUCAGGACACUUGAUCUGACCAGUAGUUGUAAGUGAAACAUAUGUGCCAUGUUACUGCUUUCCUUUUGAGCCAUUUCUUAAUGGUUUGUGUUCUUGUUUGGGUACCAUAGUCUGGUUUGCACUCACUGCACACUCAGGUCUUUUAGCUAGUUGUCGUACAAUACCGAUAACUUUUUCAAGAACGUUCAAGUAAGUUCCAGGCUUGUGUUUGUUCUCUCUAUAGCAUAUACCUUUUGUCUUCAUAGGCGUGUGAUACUUACAUAGGAAGUCAAUGCUUGGAAAGUUAAAGAUUUUUGUUUCCCUGCCAUUGAUUUUCUUGCAUCAUAUUUGGGAAUCCUCUCAUCUGCGCUGCAGCCUGCAGAACAGGAUUCUAACAGGACUAUGUUGACACCGAUGUCGUAUCCCCAUAUGGCCGGUCAACAGUAGAAGCCACAAGUUUGGAGUUGCUUACCUUAUCAAGGAGCAGAUAAAACCAGGUGAAAAUGUGAGUAUUUAGGUCCAGCAACAAGAUGCAAGUUGAAUAGGCCAGGGCAAUUCCAUCAAAAUAGUCCAACAAGCUCCUAGCAAUCACAUAGGAAGUCAAUACAUACAUGGAAGUCAGUGCUUGUGGAAAGCUGGGCCAGUAUGCUGUAAACUACUUUUCGGAUAAUGAUUAGGCAGUGCUCCUGCCAUCUUAAGUGAUAGAUUUUGCAGUUGCCUUGCAAUUCGAUAAUCGGUUACAUUA